UUGCUAAAAGCAGUUUAUGUUUCUAACCUAUCAAUUUUUAAAGUAAGUUUAUUUUAGUUCAUUUAUUUAUAUUAAUUUGGUCAAGAAAUUAACAUUGUUAAAAAUGAGUAAGUUUAUUAACGUUGUUGUACCUUCGGAAUUAAGUCUCGAGAAUUAUACUCUCAUAAUACCAAGUGUUUCUGUUGGAAAUGUUGGACAGCUUACUGUUGAUUUAUUACUGGCUUCUUUAAAAAUGGAAAAAGUGGCGAUUAUUUGGCACCCUGCUAUUGUACCGUGUGUAGGAAACAAUCCAAUUAAUGACGAUAAAAACGAAAUUUGCACUGCAUGUGAACUGUUUAUAAAUAAAGAACAAAAACUUGCAGCAAUACAGAUACGGUCUACAAUUGAAUUUAAUUUAGCUUUAGACUUCUUAAAACGUCUUAAACUGGAAAUAUUACAAUGGCAAUUGAAAAACGUUAUUAUAUUAGCAAGUACUUUUGCGUAUGAAAUGCACAACAUAGGCCAUAGUCCUUAUAUAUAUUUAACCAAUGAAACAAGUUCAAGUGAGUUAUUAUCUGAGCUGAAACAGUUAGAAGCUGAUGAAACUGGAAAAUAUCUAGUGUAUGGUUCAGGUUAUGCCACAAAAUUGUUUGAAGUCUUAUCAGAUCAAGUUAGAUGCACAAUGUUUGUUAAAUACACUUCAGAAGGAGACAAUAGACCUGAUGCCAUGCAAAUGUUGUCACUUAUUUCAAAAUAUUUAAAUAUUAAAAUAGAUAAUGUAAUUAUUCCUGUAAGUUGGAAGUAUGUAUUUGGAAAUCCACCAUCUGUUGAUAUUUAUUAAAAUUAGUUUUGUAACUUGAAGAUAAGAAGUAGAAUAAGUUUUAGCUCCAAUGCAAUACAUUUUUGUUUGAAUAGAAAUUCUAAUUCUAAUAGAAU